AUGAAGAGACCCCAUGAUUACAGCUCAGACUCGGACACGGACGAGCUGAUAGAUGUGGGACAAGAGGACGGCUACUGCCCAGUUACCGGGUCCAUGUCCCCUGGCAGUGCAUCACAGAUUCUGGCACGAAAGAAGAGAAGAGGGAUCAUUGAGAAGAGGCGUAGGGACCGAAUCAACCACAGCCUGUCGGAGCUACGAAGGCUGGUGCCAAGUGCUUUUGAGAAACAGGGUUCCUCAAAGUUGGAAAAAGCUGAGAUUCUGCAAAUGACCGUGGACCACCUCAAACUGUUACAUGCUAUGGGAGGGAAGGGUUACUUUGAUGCAAGGGCUUUGGCUGUGGACUAUAGGACUCUGGGCUUCAGAGAGUGCGUUGGAGAAGUGGUCCGGUAUCUCAGUUCCCUUGAAGGAGAGUCUGUAGACCCAAUCGGAGCCCGCCUCGUCACCCAUCUCUCACACUGUGCAAGCGAGCUGGAACCCAUGGUCCUUCAAUCACCCCUGACUUCCACUGUGCCAUUCCCCCCUUGGCCUUGGGUGUCCUUCCCCCAGAUGUCAAACUCCCUGCCAGCUUCAUCUUCACCACCGUUCCCCAGUGGACGAAGAGAUCUCGCCUUGAUGGGGAACUAUCCCCCUGCCACAACCCUGCGCCUUGCACCGCUGGGCGGCUGCCAGCGAGGGGGGCCACCCCUCCUUACCCCCGCAGCUCUAGCGACAAUUCACAGGCUGCCAUCUCCUGCGGCAUCCCCAUCCUCAGGUCCGCCCAGGCCGACGCAGGCGUCCCCUCGCAGCACCUCUAGGAACUCGCCUAUUCCACCCACACCUUCCUCUUCUUCCCCAACUACCGCAGCACCUCUCGUCUCUUUCAGACCAUUUGCACCUCUAGGGUCUUCUACAAUCCAGCGGAGGGGCUUGAAUGGAUCAGGAAAGUCGGCCCAAGGAUGGGCGACUGAAAUUGGAGCUUUUUGA